AAAAAGUUACAACCUGUGACUCUGAGGAAGGAAAAGGUCCAAGUCGAAGUCCUGCACGCCAUGGCAGCCCCAACUGAACCGGACGUUCUCGGCGAUGAUCGGCCUCGCAAAAAGACACGCACUAGUUUGAAGCGCAAGUCUACCAAAAGUACACAACGUACAGCAGAGCCGCGUUUGUUCGCGCCUUUCCGCGCACUCGGUCUCAUAACGAAUCACAUCCCAUUCUACGUACAAACCCGUGCCCAUAAGGGAGCCACUGACGGCCCACGCAUCCACAUCCUGACUUGCUUGGGGAAGUCAUGGGCAUUAUGGGAAGGCGGGAAGAUGACGCUCUUAUUUGUUGGCCAGGAGGUCGAAGAUCCUAUAUCUUGCGUAGCCAUGGACGGUGACGCUGUUUGGUGUGCAUCGGGCAUGCAUGCUAUCAAGUACCUUAGAGGGAAAGAAGUCUUUAGGGUGACAAACCCCCUGGGCUCCAUUUUAUCUUCCCUCAUUUUAUUUGGGUCACACCUUCUUGCUCUCACAGAAGACGGAACACGAAUGUUGAUUUGGGAUGUUUCCACUGAUGGACCGUCAUUUUUUGCUACUAUCCAAUUCGAUAUCGGUUUCACCGCUGUGCAGAUGUUGCAUCCAGCAACUUAUUUGAACAAAGUGCUGGUUGCAAGCCGAGAAGGGAACAUGCAAUUAUGGAAUAUACGCACGCAGACUUGUAUACACACGAUUUCCACCUCAAAAUUACUGACAGUAGCCGGUUCUAAUCCUCAUCCGACCCCUAUCGUAACUCUGUCACAGUCACCUGCAAUUGAUGUGGUCGGCGUGGGGUUUAUGUCCGGAGAAAUCUACGUUUAUGAUAUACGCGCUGACGAGAGGCUCAUGAGGAUGUACAUGGAAGGUGGGGGCGUCAGAGCCCUCUCUUUUCGAAGCGAUGGCUUCCCAGUCCUGGCUUCUGUAUCAUCUUCGGGCCACUUGGCACUUUGGGAUUUAAAUUCUGGAGGUCGCCUUCUUCACCUCGUCCGAGGCGCACACGAUGGUGGUAUCACAAGCGCGGAAUGGGUUCCAGGCCAGCCUGUACUAAUAACUUCUGGAGAAGACAACAGCAUUAAACAAUGGCUAUUUGACUCUCCAACAGCUGCUCCUAGGCUUCUCAAGUUCCGGGCAGGGCAUCACAGUCCCCCUCACCUUAUCCGGUAUUACGGCGAAGACGGCAAACAGUUGCUGACCGCUUCGGCUGACCGGAGUCUCCGGUACACUUCUGUUGUCCGCGACUCCCGAUCUUUUGAAUUGUCUCAAGGUUCUCUUGCCCGCAAGGCCACCACCUUGUCGAAAUCCCUCUCCUCUCUGAAGUUCCCCCCAGUCGCUUCCAUCUCGUUCUCAACAACUAGGUCAAAAGAUUGGGACGACGUACUUACAGCCCACGUGGACGAGCCUUUGGUGCGUUCUUGGAGCGUUCCCAAUAAACGCCUCGGAAAGCAUACGUGGAGUUAUGCUGAGAGCUCUAAACGGAACGCACGUUCGGGUUCUGUGAAAUGUGUUUGCGUUACGGCUUGUGGCAACUUCGGCAUUGCAGGCUCAUCGACAGGCGAAAUUCACAUGUGGAAUAUGCAAUCCGGCAUCAAACGAAAAGUUUUCAAAAUUGGGCCGUGUCCACAAACUGCAAGUGAAUCGCCAGGAGCGAAAGGUGAAACAAAAACAAGCGGCCGCGCUAUUACGGGGUUAGCUACAGAUUCUUUGAACCGUGUCGUCAUUGCAAGUACAUGGGACGGGACGAUCAAUUUUUUCGAUUUCCACACGGCAAAUCUACAGCACACCCUAACGUUAUCCACACCGAUCUCGUCAAUUAACUUACACCACAAUUCAGGGCUUUUGGCCGCGAUUUGCGAUGACAUGACAGUUCGUGUCAUUGAUAUCGAAACAAGGCGAGUUGUCAGGGAGCUGGUUUGCGGUUCAAAGGGCCGAGUAUUGGAUAUUGCAUUUUCGCCCGAUUCCCGGUGGAUCGUAACCACAUCGCUGGAUUCCAUAAUAAGAACGUUCGACAUACCGACUUGUCGCCUUAUAGAUGCCUUUCGCGUGCCGAGUGUGGCCACCAGUAUCGCGUUUUCUCCCACCGGAGAUUUUUUGGCGACGGCCCACGUAGACAGUGUUGGCAUCUUUCUUUGGGCGAACCGUGCCCAAUUUGCGGAAGCUGGAUUCCGAUCUGUCUCUGAAGAGGACCUUGCCGAAGUCCCAAUGCCUUCAAUGCAAGGCGAGGUUGAGGACGAAACCUUAGAAGCCCUGACGGCAUUGACUGUAGAAGAUAAGCCUGUAGACAUAUUCUCUACGCCCCCCCAGCUGGAUGGGGACCUUGUGACGUUGACAUUACUGCCACGUUCGCGAUGGCAAACACUGCUGAAUCUUGAGGUUAUCGAGCAACGAAACAAACCGAAGGAACCGCCAAAGAAACCUGAACAAGCACCAUUCUUCCUUCCCACUCUGCCUGGGGUGGAGCAUCGGUUUGCAAUUGACCAGAAGCAAUCUGACACCAAUGAAAAGAAGACGCGGUUGGACAAGGCUAUGGCAAAGUCCAAGAGCGUCUUCCAAAAGAAACUGGCAGGACUAGAAAAGAAGGGACAACAAAAUGACCUGUUCGAUUACAUCAAGAGUUUGUCCCCCGCUGCCAUUGACGUCGAGCUACGAUCAUUGGUUACACUUCAUCAUCACCGGCAGUUCCUUUGUGCACUAAAGCAGCGGCUGCUUUCUCAUCGAGACUUCGAAGCGGUCCAAACAUUGCAGAAUGUAUUUUUGCGGUUGCACGGGGACGUCCUAGUCGAGAAUGCAGAACUGCAGUCGGAGUUGGAGGACCUGUUGGAACUGCAAAAAAAGGAAAGCACACGAAUCCUUGAGUUGCUUUCGUCGUCGCUGGGAACGUUGGCCUUUGUACGAGAGACGAUGUAGUUGUCUUACGUAAGAUGUAGUCCACUGAGUGGUCACGUGUCACGUGCAGAGCGCGACGCGACGCUGAGACGCCCGAAGCCCUGUCAAC